AUGAAAGUUCGCGACUCGAGCAUCGAGAGUACCGUCACCACGAACGGCGGUGUCGGUGUUGCGGAGUUUAAGGGACAGAGCACGGAAACCGACGAAGCUUCUUCCGCAUCUUCCGCCGCAACAGUCGACGAUGCACUCGAGCGGCAAGCAUCGGAGGAAGGGACGGCGGAUUACACGCCGCAAAUUACGGCGGAGGCCGCGGAGGCAGAGGAGCCGCAGCAGGGGGGUCAAGCCGCGGCGCAGCAGCAGGCGGAGGCGGAAAAGCAACGGUACUACACGGUCGUUGGCGGGAACAACACGUGCAUCGCGGAGGACGAGUGGAAAUGGAAUUUCCUGUGCGCUGCGGCGGAGGCGAAGGCGUUAAAUCGCGUUUUAGUUAUCCCGCUAAUGUACUGCUUUCCCGGAAGAGGCGGCGACCGCGUGGAACGGCCCAUGGCGCUUUACUACGACAUUGAGAAGAUGAAAAGUAUCCAGCCACUCGUGAGCGAUCUGGAAUUUGACCUGCGAUUCGGCGACUGGCGCUCCGGCGCGUUCCGCAAGCGGUACUCGGUGCGCGAGUUCGGGUCGCACGACCCCACGAGCGAUUUGCGCAGCAAUGCGGCCGACGCGCACCUGGUCGUGCGCGUUCUGCAACAGCAACAGCGCACCGCGCGCAUCUGCAAGGGCGAGGACUCGCUGGUGCGCAACGAGAAGCUGGUGCAGGAGCGCAAGGAGCUCAAGGCGCUGAGCGCAGCCAUAGUGUUUUCCAUCGGCGGUGACUAUGACGCGGUGCUUGUCAAGAGGGCGAAGAAGACCCUGUGGACCGGAUGGUCCCACGUGGACAGGCUCACACGCCCCGCCGCGCUGCUGAAGUCCCUCCCCCGCUUCAUUCCCAAGGGGCGCCACGUGUACAUAGCGUCGAACGAGCGCACGCCGGGCUUCUUCAGCCCGCUCGCCUCGCUCUACAAGAUCCACGUGCUCUCCGACUACCGCCACCUCUGGGCGCCCGGCAGCGACUGGUACAACGACUACAGGGACGUGCUUGCUGCGCUGAGGAUGAGAGGCGCUGAUCCUCAGUUCGAUAUGCAUAUGAAGUCGAUUGUCGACCGUCUUGUUAUGAGGAGGGCGUCAAUGAAGACCGCAGCCAGCAUGCCAGCCAACGCAGCGCAGGCAGGGGGAGGAGCAGCGGGUGGUAGAUCAGGAGGGGCCGCUGGUGGGGCGGUAGGUGUGGGUGCAUUUGGAGCUUCGGCUACUGGUGGUACUAGACCGGCGACUUCACCUGGAAGCAUCCAUUCUCCAAUCCGCGACGCGGCGAGCGGGCAGAUCAAGGGCAUGGAGAGCUUUGCGGAGCGCAAGGCGGGCCGCGGGCGAUUCAUCGUAAUCUCGCUGAUCGCAGCAACAGCCGCCGCGGCGUGGAUAACUAACUACACCGCGAAUUCGCGAGGCCAGCCCGUUCCCACGGUGCCUAAGGAGAAGGAUAAGGACCAGACGCACCAUCCGGAGGGCCCGGUGAUUAAGAACGCGCCUAAGCACGUAGUGGCGGGACCUGGCGUCACGGGGCAUAACGAAGCGCUGAAAGGGAGCCUCCCCGAGUCAAUAAAUAUUUCCAGGGACAGGGGGUGA